AUGGCAGUCAGACUUGAAUCUGGACAACCAUGGCCGCAGAGUGUUGAUAUGCACAAUCGAGAGAUGAGGCAGCAGAGAUUUGCACACUUCACUGAACUGGCAAUCAUCUCCGUUCAGGAAAUAGUUGACUUUGCAAAACAACUGCCAGGGUUCCUGGACCUCACCCGUGAAGAUCAGAUUGCUCUGCUGAAGACUUCUACCAUUGAGAUCAUGCUUUUGGAAACAUCGCGAAGGUAUGAUCCAGAGAUCCAGGGCAUCACAUUUCUGAAAGAUUUCAGUUACAAUAAAGAGGACUUUGCCAGGGCAGGACUACAGCUUGAGUUUAUCAAUCCUAUCUUUGAGUUUUCAAAAGGCAUGAAUGAUCUCCACUUGGAUGAUGCAGAAUACGCUCUCCUCAUCGCUAUCAGUCUCUUCUCAGCAGACCGCCCAAAUGUUGAAGACCAUGAGCUGGUGGAAAGGCUGCAACAGCCUUACGUUGAGGCUCUUCAUUCCUACACCCGGAUCAAGAGACCAACUGAUCAGCUGAUGUUCCCUCGCAUGCUGAUGAAGCUCGUUUCCCUGCGGACUCUGAGCAAUGUCCAUUCCGAGCAAGUUUUUGCUUUACGACUUCAGGAUAAAAAAUUGCCGCCCCUCCUUUCAGAAAUCUGGGACAUGCAUGAAUAACCCCGGAGUUUUCCGCGUGGAGUCCAGCUCACGGAAACAGAUCGACUGUCAAAUUAGGAAGAACUUUACUGGUGGGAAUGAGAACAGACAAGGAAGCUCGCUGAGAGAGUUAUAUAUUCUUUCAACUGUAAUUAUCAAUGCAGUACCCCAUGUUUAGAGACAUUUUAAGGGGAUUUCCUGUGUUGCAUCUCGAAGGAUCCCAUUUUACGAUUGCUUUCUUGUUUUAACUGUUAACUAUAUGGUAGCUGACUAUCUCUGUCCAUGUUCACAGUACAGAUUUUAAGACACUGUUUGAAUGUAGUGACUGGCUGGAAUUUGUGACAGGAAUAGGGGAACCAGCUCUCCACGUCCCUGUCAAACAGCCACUGAGAGCCAGGCUCAGGGAACGAUAUUUUGUUUGUCAGUGAGCAGCAGCAGGACAGUGAGGGAACAGAGACUAGAGCGCGGGCCGGUGUUACCAAGAGAUAUACUGCCAACUAACCAAGGUCGGAAUGUGCCACCAUGCAGCUUUAUAUGAAGCUAUUGAUUUAUAAUAAUGCACUAAAACUAACCUGAAAGCUCA